AAUCUUUGUUGUGUAAACAAAUUAGCAUGUUCCGCGGAAAUUGCUAGUGUUAACUUAAUUUAUGUUAAUUACCUACUUUGUUUCUACCUAAAGCAUGUGACAUUACAAUAAAAGGCUAUUAAAUAAAUACCACAAUGGCUCUUUUCCUUGAAGACCGUUUGAGAACCCAGAUGGUGAUCCCGGUUUCAAAGGGGACUUACUUCAACACAAACUGGACCCCGACUGAGGCGCCACUGUGCGCCUAUGACAUGCUCUACCACCCUCCUGAUUACAAUCCCAAGUCGGCUCGGUCUGAUCGUCAGGAACCCAAGAUUAUAAGGAAAAAUAUCUGGCUCCAGGAGGUACACAAAGGCAUACCGUCGACAACACAUUUCCGUCUAGGCCGCCCCAAAUGGAAACCUAUUGACCUGCCCACCAAGCAGUAUGUGAGAGCUCAGGUCAAAAAUGAAAACCCCCACAUGAGGAUCUACAAUGUGCUGGAAUGGGCGGUACUCCUCAACGAAGGAAAACCUCUAUGUGAGUGACACGUGCUCAUACUU